AUGUUCAGCAAGCUUCUGAAACCCUCUCUGCUGAGGCCCGCCGGUGCCUUUGCAAAGGCUGGCGCGCAGGCCCGGUACAUGGCCUCCGUCCAGACCGGCGCCGCUACGGCUCGCAGCGCUGCCACCUCCCGGGACCGCGCUACCUUCACCAUCAAGAAUGGUCCCAUCUUCUCCGGCAAGGCGUUCGGCGCCAAGAAGAACGUCUCCGGUGAAGCCGUCUUCACCACUUCCCUCGUGGGCUACCCCGAGUCCAUGUCCGAUCCCUCGUACCGCGGACAGAUUCUGGUCUUCACUCAGCCCCUCAUUGGCAACUACGGCGUUCCGUCAUCCGUCAGGGACGAGUUUGGCCUUCUCAGGUACUUUGAAUCGCCCAACAUCCAGGCUGCCGGCAUUGUUGUCGCCGAUGUCGCCGAACAGCACAGCCAUUGGACUGCUGUCGAGAGUCUGGCGGAGUGGUGCGCCAGGGAGGGCGUUCCCGCCAUUUCCGGCGUCGACACCCGCGCCAUCGUGACGUAUCUCCGUGAGCAGGGCUCUUCCCUCGCCAGAAUCACCAUUGGUGAGGAGUACGAUGCCGAUGAAGACGAGGCCUUCAUUGAUCCUGAGGGCAUCAACCUCGUGCGUCGCGUCUCCACCAAGGCGCCCUUCCACGUGAGCUCGCCCCUUGGCGACAUGCACGUUGCCUUGAUCGACUGCGGUGUCAAGGAGAACAUCCUGCGCAGCCUGGUCAGCCGUGGCGCCAGCGUCACCUGCUUCCCCUACGACUACCCCAUCCACAAGAUUGCGCACCACUUUGACGGUGUCUUCGUCUCCAACGGCCCCGGCGACCCGACGCAUUGCCAGGAGACGGUGUACCACCUGCGCAAGCUGAUGGAGACCAGCCAGGCGCCCAUCAUGGGCAUCUGCAUGGGCCACCAGCUGCUGUCGCUCGCGGCGGGCGGGCGCACGAUCAAGAUGAAGUACGGCAACCGCGCACACAACAUUCCCGCGCUCGACCUGACGACGGGCAAGUGCCACAUCACGUCGCAGAACCACGGGUACGCGGUCGACACGGCGUCGCUGGGCCCGGAGUGGAAGGAGUACUUUGUCAACCUCAACGACUCGUCCAACGAGGGCAUGAUCCACAAGAGCCGGCCCAUCUUCUCGGCCCAGUUCCACCCGGAGGCCAAGGGCGGCCCGCUCGACUCGGCCUACCUCUUCGACAAGUACGUCGACUGCGUCAAGCUGUACAAGGACAGCCAGGCCGUCUUCAACGGCGGCAAGACGUCGCGCCCCAGCCCCUUGCUCGUCGACAUCCUCGCCAAGGAGCGCGUCGGCGUUCACCCGGGCGUGCCCGAGUUCAACCAGCACAAGGGCGAGGUUGCCGCCGAGCAGCCCAAGCCCCUGCAGGCUGCUGCUGCUUAG